UGAGGUUAAUAUCGAUGCUUCUGCUAGAGAAGAUGUCUGCGGGCGACGCGGCUGUGGCUGCAGUGAAACGAGAAUUGUUAAAUUGCUGUCUGUGAUGCAGCGCUCUGUAAUACUGCAUUACUCUACAGUAUUGUUGUUUUCUAUAUCCGUGGUGUCAAAAUGAUAGUAUUUAGAGGUGGAUUGAUUCAGACACGAUUUAAGGAGUAGGUGUGAAAUGCACGGCCUUCUACUGUAUCAUGGACUCGAGGAUUCGACUCCCAACACCUGGAAUCGGAACACGAGUCGAUUCUUUAAGUUUCUCUCUCUCCGUGGCGGGGGCGGUCCUGUGUUUUCUAGCCGGGGAAGGGCGUUUGUUUUUCGGCGGUGUAAAGCGGUCGGUUAGGGGUGGGCCUUUUCCUUUUUUUUCUCGAGCCGAAGAAAGCCCACCUUUUUUUUCUUUCUCAUUGUCUAGGGCUGUGAGGAAUGUGCCGGUCUGAUCCCACAGCGGGGCGCACGAGAGAGAUAGAUAGAUAGAGAGAAAAAGAGAGAGAGAGAGAGAGAAAGUAAGUCAGUCCGUCCAGCGUGUUGGUGCUGUUCGCCGGGGAGCUACGUCACUUUCAUCCGCCAGCUUUUCCUUUCAUGGGAAUUACCUUCUUCUUCAUCAUUGAUCCACGUGUCAAGCAUAACAUGGAAAGAUCACUGCUGAUGGAGAUCGAUUUGCUCGUUUGAAAGAAUGCAUCCUUCCACAGCAGCACACUUGCAAGGAUCAAAAAGCAGUGAAGUUGGAACAACCGGAAUAUCAAGCAGCACUAAAGUCUGCACUCCUUAGAGUUCGAAGGCACUGAAUUCCUGUCGUUUCUCUGUAGGCCUUCUGGAGAAAUAAGACUUGAAUACACAAAUGUGUACCUUUCCACAAGGCAGCAUAUCAAUCUUUCAGUAGUGUAGUAUCAUAUAUCAGUAUGACGGAGUUCAAAGACACAACCAACCGCCAUCUCAGGCACAAACUUCAAAGUCUGGGACGCCGUUUGGAUGAGCUCGAGGAGGCUACGAGUAAGCUCCAAAAGGCUGAGGAUGAGCUUCUGGACCUCCAAGACAAAAUCAUACAAGCCGAAGGAAGUAACUCCUCCUUGCUUGGUGACAUUGAAGCACUUCGAAAAAGAGUUCUUAAGAUUGAGGGGAAGGAUGAGGAGGUGAGGAAAGCGGAAGAUCUUUGCAGAUCGAUAAAGGAGAAACUAGAAGAAGAAGAUAAUCUGACUAGGGAUCUUAAAGCAGAGAUCGAGCAUCUUCAACUCAGAAUGACUGAACUGGAAAAGCUAGAGGAUGCAUUUGGGAAGAGCAAAUCAGACUGCACACAACUUUGCCUGAGCCUUAACGAGGAAAAAAAUCUUACCAAGAAGCUCUCAGCUGAGCUCGAGGCCCUAAAGGCCAAAGUAAAAGAAGUGGAUUCCUCUGAGGCAGCUCUGAGCCGGGCGGAGCAGGCCUUAACCUCAGAGAUGGAGAAACUAAAAAGCCUCACUCAGACAUUCAUCGUGGAGCGUAAAAAGCUCCUAGAAAAACAGAGAGAGGAUGAGAAAACCAUUCUAAAAUUAACCGAAAAGCUUGAGAAGAGCAAGGUUGGUUCGUUUGACCACAGCUUCAAUGAGUCCCAUGACUUUAUUAUCGAUGAUGCAGACCUCUCAGCAGGCCUUGGCAGCAAACUGGCACGUAAAAAGAAACUCUCGCAGGAUCUUGGCUUGAGAAACAAAUCAGAGAAUGAGAAAAAUGAGGAAGACAACAAAAUCAAAGACCUUACACAAGAAGUAGAGAGUCUAAAGAGCCAUCUAAAGCAGCUGGAGAUGGUACAAGAGGACCUAAAGAACACAGCAUUGAAGAAUGCUGAACUCGAAGAAAAAUUUCAGCAAGAAAAGAGUCGCAACCAAGUGCUGAGUGACCAGUUGGAGCAGCUAAAGUUUCAGCUUUUGAACAGUAAUAGAAGUAAUGGAAACCUGGUUGGUUCCAGUACAACAAACGUUCUUGAGAAUGGCAAAGCUGAAAAUGAGGAAAUCAAUGUACGUGGAGGCUUUAGGCAAGAGAAGAAGGGAAAGAUUUUGGCUGCCACUGAGGUCAACACGAAGUAUAAAAAAAGAGACAAUUCCCCACAGCAAAUGAAACCUAAGAGUAAAGAUCUCAGCCAAUCAGCAGAGAAAUCCCCAACAAGGAGGGCCCUAAGUCCCGCCCAUAGGCCCAAGAAAACGGUGCUGAGAACCGGAUCCUCUCAUACUGCCGACAGCGGGCUAAAAGACGGCAACAGCGUUGAGGAGAAACAUGGAAGUGCCAUUCAGUCCGCCUCCAUUGCACUGAGUGAUAAAAAAUAUUCUGUGCUUAGCCGUUACCCUCCUGCUGCCAGUGACCAAAAACCUGGCAAGGUGUCAGUUAAGUCAUGUAACACCGACAGCAAGAAAGCAAGUAGAGUUGUGUCUUCCCUCGAAAAAGACAGAUUAACUGAAACUGAAACUUCCUGUCCACAGGAGGUAACUACAAUGUUAAGCCUUUCCCAAGCAAAUGGCUCAUACACUGCAUACAGAUCCCACGUAACACCAACUGAUCACGGAUCUGAAGGUCACUCAGUAGCCUCUGAAACGGAAUCUGUCGGAUCGAAGCGCUCGGCAGGUGAGCAAGAAAGCCCUGCAUCUGGAAUAUCCUUAGCAAGUGGCAGAACAACAGAUUCUAGGUAUUCAAGGUACUCACGAUUGCAGGAGUCCCAUUCGGGUGGCUCAUCGACAAGGAGCUCUUAUGAUGAGGAGCAGUACAAAGCCCUAAUGACGGAAGGUGAACCUUUUCAAACAUCCUCUGGAAUUGAAAUCCAGCGUGUGUGCAGUCCGCGGGAGGCUCUGUGCUCGAAGGUACUCAUCAAGCCAGCCAUCAUAGAGUACGACAGAAAGGAAAUGAUGUCUGGAGGAGGCAUGGAGUCGACGCAUGGCAACGAAAAACCGAAAAUAGCCACCAAGCCGAACAAGAUGACCAGCAGCAUCACUUUCUAUCCCAAUGACCCCAGCUCUUCCCGAACCAGCAGUCGGAGCAGUAGUGUUUCGAGUGAGCCUGCAUCCAAGGAACGGCACACUACUACCAGCAACAUUGUCAUCGGGCCGAACCCUGAACUUCGAGGCAGCAUCACCAUCCCGUACGAAAUAUCUAUUCCCAAGAGCGAGCUCACUCUAAGGUCGGGCGAGGACGAUAAUGACAAUUCGGAUCUUCCUGAUGUCCUCGAGACAGCCCAUAUAGAAACAGCGGUUCUGUCUCGGAGCAGUUUGAACUUUCAGUCCCCAGAAAUGGGCUCAGAGAUGAACAACAGCUUUGAGAGCAUUUCUACUACAACUACUCUUGCUAGCCGGAGAAGCCACAACAAUGACCACUGUACCUCCCAGGGCGAUAAUGCGCCAGAGAUGAAAAACGUGACUGUCCGAAGUGCAUGGAGGACUCGAGGGGCAGUAUCUGUGGACCAACUUGGUCAGGGACUAAGACACGAUGGUUUUGAGGAUGAUAUGGAACCCAGUACAACAUGGAGGGCAUACAGAGCUACUGCUAUACUGGACACAGAGGAGAAUUUGACGUCUCCUAAUGUCAUCACGCGAGGUGGAAAGCCCACUCCAGCAGAGAGAUACAUGCGUAGGAUCAGCAGUGGAAAUACCGGUAAAGAUUCUCUAGAGUUGGCACGCAAGAGCAAGAGCGUGUCCCCAGUUGACAGCAGUCUUCAAAGGGUCAUCCCUCAUGAGCCUGUCUGUGCCCAGCAGCUGCAACCGAGAAUGCGGAAAGAACCUCCUGUUGGUGAUGAGAGCGAGUCGUCAUCUGCCUCGUGGAAGAGACCGUCAGCAGGAGACGUGAGCUCGUCCGAGCGGGUAAGAGGUCGAGGGGCGUGGACAGGCAAGGCCAGUAUCGGAGAUGGGAGUCGCCACUGGAGCGGCCGUCAGUAUGACAACUAAACGUGUGCUCCGUCGAUCUUCCACAGAGGUCCCGUGUGAGACGCCGCUCUCGCGUUUCUCUGCAUCUCAGUACUCAAGACAUCUCCAAGCUGCACUUUGAACUUUCCUAGCUCCGCCCACACCUCCCCUCACCUGCCCCUCCCCCGGACACCCCCACCCACAGCUGCCCUCGUGUGCCCAAGACCGGAUGCAUGCUUGAAGAGAGGAAUGGGGAAAUGGAGGACCAUUGGAGUGGAAGGGCUGAUCCCUGUAUCAUCUCUACUCUGGAAAGUGAUGCUGGACACCUGACUUUCGGGACGUGUUACAUCCAGGAGCAUCCCGUAUCUCUAUAGAAUCUAUGCCUUUAGCGAUAAAAAAUAGUUUUCAUGAUCAGGAAUUUAGGCGCAUUCUUGCACAAACCCAGGAUCAUCAUGCAAACGCACAGCUUUGCACGUCUUCAACAAAUCCAGCAGAAAACGGAGGCCUGUUCCGUGCUCUUCAAUGACCUUUUACGCCCAACGUAUCGACCUUUAAAGUGCCAAAGUGUCCUUUUUUUGUUUUUCUUGCUCACUUCUGUUUGUCCUCGUGUUGUCACUGGUUAUGAAAUUGCACAUCCGAAAAUGGCAACCAGCAUUAAAUGCAUGACUUAUUAUUAUUUUUAAUUAUUAUUCCUUUUUUUUUUUUUUUUAAGACAAGCUGCUUCUUGAACAGCGCUGGAUAACGGAACAGAAUCACGGUCCAAUCAUUAGUAUGUAGAUAAAUCUAUGUAAGAAACUUGAUCGGUUGGAAGCAAGUGGAACUUGUACACACUCACUCACACACACACACACUUGCACGCUUUGCACAGGCAGGAACAAGGCAUAAAGAAAAAAGUGGAAUGUGGCUGAAACCGACGGAACCACUUUGCUCCCAUGGUGCAUUGCUGCAGGAACUGGACAGCGCUCAGGCACCACGAAUGGGUGGUGGAGGAAAAAAAAGCAAUCCAUCUGCAUCUUUGCACGUUUCCUGCUGAAAAGGGUUGCAGUGAUAUCACAAUUCCCGAGCUCUACACAGACACCAAGAGAGUCUGAUUAUUACAGCAGCUACUGUGAUUGGGCAGGGCAUGUACUCUAAAAAUGAGCACUGAUCAGGUUCGUUGUAGUCUUCUUCAGCUCCGGAUUACUAUUAUUCCCUUUUUUUUUUUUUCCUUUUCUUUUAAACAUACCGAUAUGCUGUUAUAAACAUGCGUCUUGUAACCAAACUCGGAAUAAAUGAUGGCAUUUGUGUGUCCAA